GACGCUGUCACGCAAUCACACAACCAAAACGACCAACCGGAGCAAGGGAAGGUUCCCGCCAUCCCCGGUCAGCUCUUUCAAGAAAGUAGUUGUGGACCUCUCAUUGUCAGCGAUGUCAGCCCAAACUCAAAAUACCGCUACUUCAUCUGUCCAGCGUCGAGACAGCGUGAAGAGUUGGACUGGCUCGGAAAUUUUUCGUCCUUCCUUUCCAAACAACGUUGAUGUCUCGCUACAAAACGACGAUGCCGAAUCUAAACUGAGUGGGAAGGCAUGGGGGCGGGUGAAGAAGUUCCUUCUGGGUAAAACUGGCUUUCCAUCAAGUAUUUACUACAUUGUGGGUAACGAGUUCUGCGAGAGGUUUUCGUAUUAUGGCAUGAAAGCUAUCUUGAUCUUAUAUCUGACCAGAGUGCUUGCUCUUGGAGACAACACAGCCACUGCCGUGUUUCACUCUUUCUCCAUGUUAUGUUACUUUACGCCUUUGUUUGGAGCAAUGUUAGCUGAUGGCUGGCUUGGAAAAUAUCGAACAAUCUUGUAUGUCUCUAUUGUUUAUUGCCUUGGGAACUUGAUAGUGUCCAUCACUUCUCUUCCUCCUCUUGGUGCUGGCGAGAUUGCAGGCCCAAUGAUUGGUUUAUUUCUAAUAGCGCUGGGCACUGGAGGUAUCAAGCCUUGUGUAUCGGCAUUUGGAGGAGACCAGUUCACUUCUGAUCAGUCUCACUUGCUUCAAAGUUUUUUCUCUGUGUUUUAUUUUGCAAUAAAUGCUGGUAGUUUGUUGUCAAUGUUGAUCACACCAGUUCUCAGAGGAGAUGUGAAGUGUUUUGGAGACGACUGUUACCCCCUGGCCUUUGGCAUUCCUGCAGCCUUGAUGUUAAUGGCCAUUGCAUUCUUUUGGUGUGGUCGGCAUAAGUACAAGAGGGUUCCUCUUACUGAUAACAUUUUGUGGCGAGUAAUGAGGGCUGUCAGUUAUGCACUCAAGAAGAAAAUUACAACAAAGGGAGAGAAGAAGGAUCAUUGGAUGGACUGGGCUGGCGAUACAUAUGAUGCACAGUUGAUACAGGACAUCAAGGCUAUGUUUAAAGUGCUAUUUAUGUUUCUACCACUACCCGUGUUCUGGACACUGUUUGAUCAGCAGGGGUCCCGCUGGGUUUUGCAGGCAGGACAAAUGAAUGGUGACGCUGGUCAGUUUAAAUUUGAUGAAAAGAUGAUAGGUAAAGUCUGCNCUGUGGUGUAUCCAUUGUUGAAGAGGCCAAAACCACUCAAGAGGAUGUGUGUAGGAAUGUUUCUUGCUUCAGUAGCCUUCAUUUUUGCUGGAUUUCUUCAGAUGAAGAUACAGAGUGAAGAAGUCAUCAAGAAUGCACCUCCAAAAGGACAAGCCAAUUUACAAGUCAUAAACACUUUGGACUGCUCUGUUUCACUUGCCAUUGGAAAUAAAAAUGUAACAGUGGCUUCAUAUGGACAUUCUACUGAGAUGGAGUUACCAGCAGCUACAAACUUGACUGCCAUAAUGUCUACAACAUCUCCAAAUUGUUACAAUUUGUCAACAAAAAUGUUUAAGAAUAAUCUCAACUUGCAAGAAAAGCACUGGUUCAACCUGGUAAUCAGUGGAUAUGGAAAUCAAAUGGUAUCACAUACAGUCAAACAAAAUGUAACUCUUCCACCACCAGGGAAAGCAAAGCUUUGCACAGUUAUCUUGCCCUUAUAUUCUGGUGACAGUACAUUUGAUAUCUUUCUUGAUGAAGAUAGGAUUCAGGAAAAUGUGUUGGUUCUGGGAGAAUUGUACUGCUCUGUUGUUUCAGCAGAUCACUAUAAGCUUUCAGUUAAAGGAAAGAAUUCAAGUACAACUUACGUGUCGAGUGACAUUGUUGUUCAGAAUGGUGGGAUAUACACUGCUGUAAUACACAACACAGAGAGAGGAGCAGCUAAUGUCACUCUGUAUGAAGAUUUGGAAGCUAACAGUGUGUCAAUGUUGUAUCAGAUUCCACAGUAUUUUGUAAUUACAAGUGGAGAAAUUCUGUUCUCAAUUACUGGUUUAGAGUUCGCAUAUUCUCAAGCACCUGCAAGCAUGAAGUCAUGUCUCCAGGCAGCCUGGCUGAUGACAGUGGCAUUUGGUAAUCUGAUUGUUGUCAUUGAAGCAGAAUCUCACCUCUUCACCAACCAGAUGACAGAGUUUUUCUUUUUUGCUGCCAUGUUGUUUGUUGUGAUGUUAGUGUUUGUGGUGAUGUCCAUUUUUUACCAAUAUGUGGAGUCUCCUUCGGCGGAACCAUCCGCGCCCAUACCAGUAAAUAUGGACAACGAUAGAAUUGGUAUUAUGAACAUGGAUGAAUUAGCACAGAUAUAAGUCUGAUUCAUAAUGGGUGACAAAGUAGUGAAAUGAGGGUUAUUAGACCCUUUUCAGGAAUCACACGUUCUUGUGCAAGACAAUUUUGCUCUCACAAGGUUUUUUUCUCUUUCCCUCCCUGGAGUGUGUACAGUGCAUCAGUAGUGAAUAGACUAUAACUCAUUCCUUAACAUUGGACUGGAACUAAGUUGCAAUUUUGAAGGCUAAAUAUGCAGUGAUAUUUUGCAGCUGCGAAUGGUUAAGGAAGCUAUUUCUAGUGAUAAUGGGCCUUUUACCGCUGAAAAAAAUAAGCCCCACAACUCAAUUUAUUAUGCCGAAUUUGGUAUAUAUGGGCAGUUUCAUAAAAAUCUGUUAUAAACUUAUGA